AAUUUCCUUUCGGGCGAGAGCCGACCUCCACCGCGGUCACCCACCCACAACAGCCCCGCCUUUCUUUCUGCUCCUCAUCUCUCUGUUCUUCUCGAACAUCAAUCACCAAAGCGUCUUGCUAGCAAGUCAUGUCCAGCUCUACAGUCGACCCAAAUUGGUGGCGUCAGGCCUGUGUCUACCAAAUCUAUCCUCGUUCAUUUGCAGAUGACAAUGGAGAUGGAAUCGGCGACCUUAAGGGAAUCACAUCAAAGGUCCCUUAUUUCCAGCAGCUCGGUAUCGAUGCCAUUUGGCUGAGUCCAUUCUACCCCUCCGCGCUAAAGGAUGGAGGAUACGACGUCGCCGAUUAUCGAAAUGUCGACCCAAAUAUCGGCACGUUGGAAGACUUCGACGCCAUGUCCAAGGCCUGCAAAGAAGCUGGAAUCAAGGUCAUUGUUGACAUUGUUCCGAAUCACUGCAGUGACGAUCACCCCUGGUUCCAAGAAGCUCUCAAGUCUCCUCCGGGAAGCGAAGCUCGAUCUCGAUUCCACUUCCUUGAUGGUCUUGGUCCCGACAAGUCUCAACCCCCUGCCGAUUGGGACGCGGCGUUCGGCGGUCCCGCUUGGAUCCCUACUGGUGAUGGUCAAUUCUACCUAGGAAUUUUCAGCCCCUUCCAGCCUGACUUCAACUGGUCGCAUCCCGAUGUCAGGGCUGAUUUCCUGAAGACUUUGAAGUUCUGGGGUGACAGAGGAGUUUCCGGAUUUAGAAUAGACGUUGCCCAUGCUCUUACCAAGGAUCUCAGUGGGACCUUGAUGACCAAGGCUGAGCUUGGCGAAUGGCGAUCGGGUCCAGAUGCCAACGGCAAGCAACACCCGCUGUUCGACCGAGACGAUGUACAGGAUAUCUACGUCGAGUGGAGAAAGGUCUUUGAUCAGUAUAACCCUCCUCUCUUUGCUGUGGCCGAAGCUUGGGUUCAGCCUCACCGACAAAUCAGAUACGCCUCUACCAAGGGACUCGGCCAAACAUUCUCCUUUGACAUGCUCAUUCAGAAAUACAACCGGGACCAGCUGAAGAGUUGCAUCGUCUCGUCCCUUCGCGAUGCUAAGAGGACAGGCUCCUCUACCACAUAUGUUCUUUCCAACCACGAUGUUGUUCGCCACUCUACACGAUAUGGUAUCGCAAGUGACGGCAAGGAGAUGACCAUGAAGGAAUGGGCCGAGGUCGGAUACGAGCCGUUCCUCAAGUCUGGAGGCAAGGAACCCAAGUGCGACCAAGAGCUCGGAUUGAAAAAAGCUAGGGCUGUGUCAUUGAUGAUGCUUGCUCUUCCUGGAUCGGCUUACCUCUACCAAGGCGAAGAGCUUGGCCUCCCCGAAGUCAUUGACAUCCCUCCUGCCCAACGUCAAGACCCCACCUUUAUCAACAGUAAGGGCGAAAAAAUCGGUCGUGACGGAUGCCGAGUACCGCUUCCUUGGACAAAAGAAGGCAAAAACUUUGGCUUUGGAACCGGCGCACCGGCCCACUUGCCUCAACCCGAAUGGAUGGGCGGGUACGCUGCUGACGUCGAGGACAAGGAUCCCAAGUCGACUUUGAACAUGUACCGACAGGGUUUGAAAUACCGACGGGAACUCCAAACCACCGAGGAUCUCGAAUGGGUUGGCGACGACAAGAACGUGUUGCACUUUAAGCGUGAAGGCGGAUGGGAGGUCCUGACCAACUUUGGGACUGAUGCUGUUGAGGUGCCUAAGGGGGAGGUCCUCGUUGCUUCCGGAGAACUGCAAGGAGAUAAAGUGCCCCAAGAUGUUACAGUCUGGGUUAAAACGGCUUGAAACUAGUUCUUCGAGCCCAGGACAUUUUUGAUUAAAUGCUCA